GCAUUUUUAAUGGGUAGAAUUGUAGACAUGGAUGUGUGGGCAAACCGGUAGACUGUGUCAUCCUUUGUGAGUUGAAUUUACAAUCCAGCGCCAUUAUUCUUGGCCAAGAACAUAGUCGCAGAUCUUAUCUGGUCGCAUACUGUAUAUGAAACUUCAUUUGAUUUUCCCGUUGCAUUUCAACAAUGGAGGGUACCCUUUUUCCCAAGAAGCCGAUGUUGCCAGUUCAACAAACAAAGCCCUCAGCUCCUCAGCCACCCAACCCACGCUUCACGUUCACUCCGACAACUCUUCAUCUCCCUCCUCUCCAGCACCAGAAUUCAACUUCUCCAUCUUUCCCACUCGACUCUCUUCUCCAGCACCUUCAAGACACCUCUCCGCGAAACCUGGAAACACAAGAUGCUCGAGCGCAGAAACGGAGUCUUGACUGCAUUGCAGUUCCUAGAACCGGGGGUCACUGUUCCGAAGUGGCUGUUCCCGGAAUUCCGAAUGAUCUGUCGCUGGAUUUUCUCUCGGAAAACUGUAAGUCGAUUCUCAAUUCAAUUAUUCAACAGCCCAUGUCCGGUUUGCGCGCGUUUUUUGAUUCUAUGAUAUCCCAGUUGGUUCAAAUCGAUUUGAUGAGUCUAGCGAAAGGUUUGGACAUUAUGGGACACUGGGAUAGAGCCAUCUUGUUGUUUGAAUGGGUUGUUUUGAAUUCAAAUGCCGAAAGUGAAAUGCUUGAUGGUCAGGUUAUAGAAUAUAUGGUCAGGGUUUUAGGAAGAGAAUCGCAGCACUUGUUAGCAUCGAAUCUGUUUGAUGUAAUUCCAUUCAAGGACUACUCACUCGAUGCUCGAGCAUGGACAACUGUUCUUCAUGCCUACUCUCGUAGUGCAAAGUAUGAUAAGGCAAUAGCAUUGUUGGAAUAUAUCAAGGAAAGGGGUUUGCCACCUAAUUUAGUCAUGUACAAUGUCAUUCUUGACAUUUAUGGCAGGAAGGGUGGAUCCUGGAAUAAGAUUAUAAGCAUCCUAGAUGAGAUGAGGGGAGAGGGACUUGAAUUUGAUGAGUUCACUUGCAGCACUGUCAUAUCUGCAUGUGCUAGGGAAGGAUUGUUUGAAGAAGCAAAGAAUUUCUUUAAUGGAUUGAAGUCACAGGGCUAUGUUCCAGGAACAGUUACGUAUAAUUCUUUACUUCAUGUUUAUGCAAAGGCUGGAAAUUACACUGAUGCUCUUGCUGUGCUUGAUGAAAUGGAGGGGAACAACUGCCCACCCGAUUCAGUUACAUACAAUGAGCUUGUGGCAGCUUAUGUCAGGGCAGGUUUCUUCGAAGAAGGCGCUGCACUUAUAAACACUAUGUCGCAGAAGGGUAUAAUGCCUAAUUCUAUCUCUUAUACCACAGUCAUUGAUGCUUAUGGUAAAGCUGGGGAAGAAGAAAAGGCUUUUGACUUGCUAAAAAAGAUGAAACGGUCUGGCUGUGUCCCUAAUGUCUGUACAUAUAAUUCAAUCAUUGCAACUCUGGUGAAGAAAUCCCGAAUUGAAGAUGCAAUGGAAAUGAUAUCUGAUAUGAAGCUUAAUGGUUGUUCGCCUAAUCGUAUUACUUGGAACACAGUGCUUGCAAUGUGUGGAAAUAAUGGAAUGCAAAACUAUGUAAAUCGUGUUCUCCAUGAGAUGAAGAAAUGUGGCUUUCAACCUGACAGAGACACAUUUAACACUUUGAUUUGUGCAUAUGCCAGGUGUGGGUCUGAUAUCAAUGCAGGUAAAAUGUAUGACGAAAUGGUCAAAGCUGGAUUUAGUCCAUCUGUCACCACAUAUAAUGCGUUUCUAAAUGCCCUUGCUCAUAGGGGUGAUUGGGAGUCUGCUAAGUCUAUAUUAUCCGACAUGGAAAGUAAAGGAUUCAAGCCCAACGAAACCACUCACUCUUUGAUGCUUCAGUGCUACUCGAAGGGGGGCAAUGCUAGAGAUGUGGACAGGAUUGCAAAAGAAGUUUAUGAUGGACACAUUUAUCCAAGCUGGGUGGUUCUGAGAAGUCUUGUUCUUGCAAAUGUCAAAUGUCGAUCAAUCAAAGGCAUGGAGAGGGCAUUUCAGGAAUUGCAGAAAAAUGGGUAUAGACCUGAUUUGAUUUUAUUUAAUUCCAUGCUUUCUUUAUUUGCAAGAAAUGGCAUGUCUGGCCGUGCAAAUGAGGUGAUGCAAUCGAUUCAAGAUAUGGGUCUGCAGCCUGAUCUGUUAACCUAUAAUACCUUAAUCGAUCUUUAUGCAAGAACUGGUGACUGCUGGAAAGCUGAAGAGAUCUUGAACAGGCUGGAAGAAUUUGGUGAAAAGCCAGAUCGUGUGUCGUUUAACACUGCCAUAAAAGGGUUUUGUAGGCAAGGGCUUAUGCAGGAUGCUAUAAAGCUUUUCUCCAAGAUGACAGCAAGUGGAAUACAACCUUGUAUCAUUACGUACAACACUUUUGCUGCUGGUUAUGCUUCACAUAGGAUGUUCUCAGAAGUAUAUGAGUUGCUCAGUUACAUGAUUCAGCACAACUGCAGACCCAAUGAGGUCACUUAUAAAACUGUUGUAAACGGGUACUGUAGAGCAAGAAGAUAUCAGGAUGCAAAUGAUUUUAUUUCCUCAAUUAGGGAAAAUUUUGACAUUUCUUUUGAUGAGCAGUCUCUGGAAAGACUUUCUGCUCAGGUAAGAGAGAGUAUGGAUUGCUGACGCUUGGAAACUAUAAAUGCAUAGUUUCAAAGAAGCAGCUCAAGGGGUACAACUAGUUGUAAAAAUAAACUCAAAAUAAGUAAAAGAAAUGUAAACAUAUUUACAUAAAUGUAACCCAACAGCAGUCAGUAGCACAUGCUCUUUCAUGGUCUGCUGUGAACUGUUUGUUCAAGGAGUUUCAAACCUUACAAGCUCUUUGGUCUAUGUUCUUUAUUCAACUUAUUGUUCAAGCACCUCAAAUCUUCUUAGUUAUUUUUGUAAUUUGAAAAGGGAGUUAUUUUCUUC